UCCUGCCCCGCCGCGGCUCUGCCCCCCCGGGGAUGAUGCCGGUUAUUUAUUGCGCUGCCCAGCACGGGCUGUCCCCAGGGCUCGGUGUCCCCUUUCAGCGUCGGCCGCGUGUCCUUGAAGCGGCGGCGGUGGCGGCGGCUCCCCGGGGGCUCCGGCAGCCGCGGCGCUCACGGACACUCGCCCGCAGCCUGGAGCCUCCCGAGCACAUGCAGCAGGGAGACGAGGCACCUCUCCUCUGGCCACCUGCUGAUCCAAUCCAGGGUUCCCCCCUUUCCUAGGCACCGCUCUGUUCUGGGAACAACUGUGAGAACUCUGCCCGAUGCCCUCAGAACAUGUCUGAUUGGACAAGUCUGUGGUAUGUCUGGUUGAUCUUGCUGAUGGUGUUCCUGCUCCUGCUCUGUGGGGUCUCAGCGAGCUGUGUCAAAUUCUGCUGCCGGAAGAAAAGGCUUCCAGUGGAGACCUUCCCUCGGCACCCUUGUGACCUGACAGUGAUUGGCAUUGACAGUGACAGCACUGCCCACAGCACAGUGACCUCAUACAGCUCAUGGCAGUACCCUCCAAGUGUCCAGAUUCCCUUGGUAUUUGUGGAUAUGGAUAAGAACACUGUGUCCCCUCCUGCUUACAGCCUCUAUGCCAUGGACCUGCCACCUUCCUAUGAUGAAGCUGUUCAAAUGGGAAAGCAAGUGGCACGGACAAACCAGAAACUUGAUGAAAUCCCUGAACAGGUGACACCAUGUGGGCUGAAUCCCAGCCAGUCCCCAUCUGACACAAUCAACAGAGAUCCAGCAACACAGGCAAAUUCAGAAGAUUCAGAAGAUGCCACGAAAGAACAGCCACAGGUCUGACUCAGUUCAGAUGGGGAGAAAAGUAAGGGAAGGACUGUAAGAGUUAAAGAAGACAUGAAGAGUUUGGGUUUAUAAGUAGGUUAUGAUGGAAAGAUAUUUCUUCUCAUGCCCUUGUAAUGAUCUGUCAGAAGAAAUGUUUUCUGUGACUGCUGUAAUCCCCUGGUAAAGCUUCUUCAAGGAUAUGAAAUGAGGUAAAAGGGCAGCAGUUUAAAAAUGCCUGUAAAAGUGGGACGUGAAUGCGUGUUCAUCUUCUGAUAAAAAAAAAUUGUUCCUUGUGUCCAGCAAUAAAAAAGGUUAGGAGAAUUUUGCCGCCUUGGGAAUACACACUCAGAACAGCACAAACAGGAAGCUGUUGUACUAGAACAGAAGUUUCCCAAGCUGGAGUUGAAGGGGGAAUCCCAGCAAGUGACACUGAACAGCCUCUGUAGUUUCUCUUCUUUUGAGAACACCAACUGCCCAGGAAACUGCUGAGGACAAAGUGCUGCACGUGGCUCAUGUUCCUCAAGGAGCAGGAAGAUGCCAGGACAGGAGAGCGUGGAGGGAAAUGCUUUGUGUUGUUUCACACCUGCACAAAGGGAAUGAGGCAGAUGAGACACGACACUUCGGUGGUGGUGGUGGUCAUGAGACUCCAAGGGAUUGUUUUUGAGGUUCUAUAAAUCUCUCAAUUUCUAUUUUCAAGAUGUGUUGCCUUGUGGGUGGGUUCCCUUUGCUAUUUAUUUUUUCCAGACAAAGUACACAUUAAUUCCAAAGAGACACUUGCACACAUGGUUCAGUAUUAUUGAUGUGUUUCAAAUAUUCAUCAAAUAUUUCAAAGGUGCCUUUGUAUUUUGUUAUCUGCUCAUGUGUCAGGGUCUCAGGCAGCACAGGAAAGAAAAGUCACAGGUUCCUGGCAGCUUUUACCAGUUCAGAACAUGGACAAGCUCAGGAAUGAGCAAGGUGACACAAAACAUGCUUGUGCUGAACCAUCCAGAAUAAGUUAGAGAUACAAAUACUACAGUAUAGGCUGGGCAAAAGUUCAAAGAAAAUACUCUUAGGGAUGGUUCUUCAUGAGGAACUGAUAGAGGGAUAACUGCUGAGCAUCAUUUUAGAACUGGGAGCUUGGAGCUGAUUGCAGCAGUAGCAGCCCAGACAAAAAUAUGGGCUCCAGAGGCAGGGUUUUUAAUGCCAGCUCUUUCCCUUGCCCUUCCAUAUUCCAAAUGGUCCAAAUUUUGUCCACUUCUGAGCAGUAAUUUUCUUUGAAUCCACUUUAGCAAGGUGCUAAUCUGGCUGCUUUAAGAACAUGAGCAAUUGCCAGGGUGGCUCAUUGCUCUGGGUAAGAGCAGCAAGCAAAGCCUGAGCACUCGGUGCUAUUAGUGAAUGUAGCAUAAAUUUAGGUGUCUGUCAUUAACAGGCAGUAGAAGUGGUGGGCACAAAAGCCUGCACAGCUUUUAGAAGACUGUUAUUCUCUGACAACCAUUACUGCAAGAACUGCCCUGGAAAUGAGCACUAAUGAUUUAAAAAUGAAGAUCUCUGCCAGCCACAGGCCCGAGAUGCUGCUGCAGUCAUGAGUGUGAGCUGUCCAUGAGUCUGGCUCCCCAGGGAAGGGUCGCUUCUAUAUUUAACUUGCAUGUAACUUACUAUGAGAGUUGACUGGUGCAACAAAUCUGCUUCUCUUGUGUCUCCUCUCUGUCAUCCUUCAUUAUAUUUCUCCUGUUUUAUUCUUUCCUCUGCUUUCCUUAUCUGUGUCAAGAUGGAGGCUGGGCAUAAGCCAGGGUAAAUAUUGGAUGUCUCUGGCUCGAAGGGCAAUAUAUGCCCAGUUCUGGAUGUCUCCAAGUCAUAAAUACAGCAGAUGUAUUUUUAUUUAUUGAACUUUUCCGCAGCAUUCAGAACGAAGCCGGAAGGAGGAAGAAGGAGUUAGAGUUGGAGGGAAACGGCUGAGCGCUCACUCACAAAUAGAGCCGGGAAUUCAAAGCCAGGCGAGUGAAGGAAUCGUGACUGACACAAGAGGGCAGUCCCUCCCUUCUCGCUGCGCGCAGAGGAUCGCCACGGCAGCGGCUGG